AUGUUGGAGCCAGUCCAGACCAAGUGGCAACACAUGGUCCUGAGUGUGAUCGGUGCAGCUCCAGUUGUUCCUGCAGAAAACAAUGUUCACACCCAUUCAAUGAACCAACAUUCAUAUGAAUCAACACUGAGAAAUAUUCUCUAAACAUUUUCACCACAGGCCAAGAUCUACUUCUCUUUUCCUGGAGAGCUGCUGAUGAGGAUGUUGAAGAUGCUUAUUCUUCCUCUCAUCACGUCCAGUUUAAUGUCGGGUCUGUCGUCGAUGGAGUCGAAGGCGUGCUGUCGGAUGGGCGUGCUCACCGUCACCUACUACCUGUGGACCACCUUCAUCGCCGUGGUGGUCGGCAUCAUGCUCGUCAUCAUCAUCAAACCCGGCGUGGGGACGGAGAUGGAGAGCAACAGGCUGGGAGGGGGACCCGUCAUGACCUCGGCCGACGCCCUGCUCGACCUCAUCAGAAACAUGGUUCCAUCGAACCUGAUUGAAGCAACAUUUCAGCAGUACAAAACAGAUCUGAUUCCCAUCCUCAAAGUUCCGACCAGAACCGUUCAGCCCAACUUCGUCUACCUCGUCCCCGAUGAGAACGACCCUAAAGGUCGGACGGUGUACCUGGAGCUGACUCCGCCCCCAGAGAUCAUGUACAAGACAAGUCCCGGCAGCAGUCAACAAAUGAACGUCCUUGGCAUCGUCAUCUUCUCGGCAACCAUGGGUCUGUUGCUGGGCAGGAUGGGAGAACGAGGGGCUCCGCUGGUCAACGUCUGUCAGUGCAUCAACGAGUGCGUCAUGAAAAUCAUCAAUGCUGCUGUUUGGUACUUUCCUUUUGGGAUCAUCUUCCUGGUGGCCGGGAAGAUCCUGGACAUGCAGGACCCGAGCACCCUGGGGAAGAAGCUGGGCUGGUACGGCAUCACCGUCCUUGCCGGCCUCUUCGUCCAUGGACUCAUCCUGCUCCCUCUCUUCUACUUCCUCCUCACCAGGAAGAACCCCUUCACCUACAUUCGUGGGCUGCUGCAGGCCCUGGUGAUCGCCCUGGCCACCUCCUCCAGCUCUGCCACGCUGCCCAUCACCAUGAAGUGUUUGUUGGAGAACUGCCAAGUUGACAGACAGAUCGCUCGCUUCGUCCUUCCUGUUGGAGCCACCAUCAACAUGGACGGCACAGCGCUGUACGAGGCGGUGGCUGCCAUCUUUAUCGCUCAGGUUAACGACUACGAGCUGGACUUCGGUCAGCUGGUCACCAUCAGCAUCACAGCUACAGCCGCUAGCAUCGGUGCAGCAGGGAUUCCCCAGGCUGGGCUGGUUACCAUGGUGAUCGUACUGACAUCUGUGGGGUUACCUCCAGACGACAUCACACUCAUCGUGGCCAUUGAUUGGAUCCUGGACAGAUUCCGGACCAUGAUCAACGUCCUUGGCGACGCCCUAGCUGCAGGAAUCAUCGCCCACCUCUGUCGGAAAGAUUUCCCUCUGAGUGAAACUGGAAAGCCUGUGCCGUCCUACGGAACACAGACUCCUCACAACUCCCACAGCAUCAACGUGCCGAUGACGGAGAUCCACACACACAAAGACUGUAUGUUCGAGACAAUGGGUGACUCAGCAGGUGAGAGACACGCCCACACCGUCUACUACAACAUCUGUCAGGUUUGAUGGGAACAGACGGCGCCUCGUCACACGUCAGCGUCCAGGAGAGUCUGGACGAGUCCGGUCGAGUCUCAGUGCCAAGUUAACAGGAGCUUUAAGAAGUGAGGGAUUCUGGAAACGGAGCAAGACGCUCCUUCUUAGCGUGAUGGAGACAGUUCAGGACGGGACCUGUGGUUGGACUGGAGCUUCAGUUGUUUCCUGCUCACUGAGGAAAGAGAGUGUGAGGGGUCAAAGGGCAAACAGACCAUGACAUCGCCCUCAACCCUGACGAGCUAACUUUGAGAUAGUAUGACAGCGUCUCUGGUUGAUGUCGAAGCGAUGAACAGAUGAACACGAGCCUGAUCUGCACUGGAGGAUUAUGGGAACACAACAAGCCUCCCUGAGCACCUGUAGGUUCCUCAUCUGGUCCGACAGCUCCACCUAGAAGACAGAGUCACCUCAUGGUCCCUGUCCUUUCGGUUCUCUCAGGUGGAGUCGGUGUCAUUAUCUCUACCUCUUGGUGCCAGAACUCCACCGGAGGGUUUUCACUGUAUUUGUGGCCCAAGUUUUAGUUCAGUCCCAGAUACAAUUUUGGCCCCAAGACCUGAUGGACCAGCGCUCGUUGGACUCAGUUCUGAACUAGAACGUUCAGCAAAGGGCCGAUGAUCUGAAGACAGUAGAGACCACUGAAGAAACCACAUUGAUCAAAUGUUCAAUUUCUUGUUUCACCCAAAUAAGCUAAAAAUUUGGAUCCACGAACAAACAAGAUCCGUCAGCUGGUGUUUUGUCUGGAAUCGACCAACAGGAUGAACUCCUUCGUGUAGCCGUUUGUUCUCUUAUCUUAUGUUCAUAACUCAGGUGCUAACACUCAUUUGGUUUGGACUGUGAUUGGUCGGUGCUCACUGCUUCAGACUCUGAAGGGUUAAAGGGUAAUCCGCCCAAUCAGACAGCUGAAUGAAUCAAGUGCUCUUCAUCUCGCAGACUCCUCCUCCUCCUCCUGGUUGGUAUUUGUCCGCAUGCUGGCAUGCAUUCUAACUGACUUCAUUGAAGUCGACGUGCUUUACUUUCUUCUUGUUUUGAUUGAAUGUUUCAUCGUGAACUAAGUGCUGUAGGGAUUAUGGGAAUUUACCACAGUCAGUAGCAGCAAACAUGAACAGAUGCUAGUUUGAGUUGCGGCUCAUCUCUCGAGACAAAUCGCUUCAAUAAUGUUCAUUGAUGAACAGAGGAAACUCGAACCCUGUUUCCAAACUGCAUCAAGUCCCAGUGGCUCAUUUAAAUCGAAUUCAAAUCAAAUUUUAUUUGUAUAGCCCAAAUUCACAAAACACAUUUUGCCUCAGAGGGCUUUACAAUCGGUACAGGCAGAGACACCCUCUGUCCUGAGACCCUCGGUUCGAGUGAGGACCAGUUUAAAGGUGGUGAAUAUAACUGCAGUUAUUUCAUUGGAUUCUUUUAAUUUUUGGUUGUAUUUAAUUUGAGAGAUCCCACAAUUCUAUGACAAAAAAUUAUUUAAAUAAUAAUAAUCAAAAACAAUUUGUAGUCACUUAAAUAGAUCAAAUAUUUGUAUGUUUUUGUGAAGUGCUCCUUGACCUGAUUUCACUGUUGUAGUCGUGUUGUUUCAGUAGAAUUCAACGUGAAAACGUAGAUCUGCCUUAACGUUGACCCUCAUUUUAAACCUCAAUGUUCAUCUGCCAACGCAAACCGUCAGCCCGACAACCUGCAGCAUUUUCAACCGUUUCCUCAAACUUCAUCGUGUUUACACAUGAUGUUUUUAAUUAAGAAAUAUGUUUGUGU